CUCUCAUAGAAACAUGCAUACACACAAAUAUCAAAGUUGAGCAAAGAAAGAAAGAGGCUAUAAUUGGCGUGGAAAAGUGGACAAGGCUAUACACUUUGGCUUCUUUGGGAUUAGAAAUUUUCCGAAAGCUGAAGUGAACGGAGUGGAAGCAAAAGUAAAGGUAGGUCUUCAAAUUAAGAUGGGGAGAGGAAAGAUUGAGAUCAAGAGGAUCGAGAACACCACAAACCGUCAAGUGACCUUCUGCAAACGAAGAAAUGGACUGCUGAAGAAGGCUUAUGAGCUAUCCAUUCUCUGUGAUGCUGAAGUUGCCCUCAUUGUCUUCUCCAGUCGAGGCCGCCUCUACGAGUACUCCAACAACAACAGCAUAAGAAACACUAUAGAGAGGUACAAGAAGGCUUGCUCAGAUAGCUCAGGUUCAACCUCCAUUACUGAAAUUAAUGCUCAAUAUUAUCAACAGGAAUCGGCAAAGCUGAGGCAACAGAUUCAAAUGCUGCAGAAUUCCAACAGGCACUUAAUGGGAGAUGCCUUGAGUACUUUGAGUGUGAAAGAGCUAAAGCAGCUGGAGAAUAGGCUUGAACGAGGCAUUAAUAGAAUCAGGUCCAAGAAGCAUGAAAUGCUGCUUGCAGAAAUUGAGUACUUGCAGAAAAAGGAGAUCGAGCUGGAAAAUGAAAAUGUGUGUCUUCGAACUAAGAUAUCAGAAGUUGAGAGGCUUCAACAAGCAAACAUGGUUGGACCAGAGCUGAAUGCAAUCCAGGCAUUAGCUUCUCGCAAUUUCUUUAGCCAAAAUAUGAUGGAGGGUGGAGCAACCUACCCACAGCAAGACAAGAAGAUUCUCCAUCUUGGGUAAGCUUUGGAGAGAGAUUCAGCAAAUGCUAGCUCAAUCUUAUUCAAAAUAAUGAUGUCACUGCCUACUGUUUUUAGUAUUGCAGUGUGUCCAACAGUUCUGGAACAUUGCCAUUUUUAGAAACUGCUGAAGCACUUACUUAAUUAGCAUAUGCUUGCUGCAUAUGAACAUGGAAAUGUAUUUGGAAAGAUUGUUAUGACUUGGUUCAAUCUCCAGAAUAAUUACUAUAGUAAGGCUGGUAAUUCAGUAAGUUUACCGUAC